AUGGAUUUAGCAUCUCUCGAUCUCGAUUGCAAUCCCACAAUCCUCCUUAAUCUUCCACUCGCAAUGUAUAGAUUGAUGAUCGGCCACAAUCACACUCCAUUUCCACAACAGUCAACACAAGAAAUUUUUGAUUUUGGACCUCUUAUGCAAGAUUUUGAAAGCCCUGUCGUUGAACAAGAAGUUUUCCCUUUAGAAGGGGCUCAAGCCUCUGGAAGUUCUUUUAAGGGCCCUGAUCUGGAUAUUUCAAAAGGCAAGAACAAACUAACUGAGUCUGAGUUUGUAGAUAUGGCUCUGCUUCAAAACAAAGCUUUUGAUCUAGAACAGAGCUCAGCUAAAUAUGAUUUGAUUAUUAGAAGGCAGGAAAUUAGAAUCAGUGAUCUUGAAAAGGAGAACUCAGUUAAAGAUGCAAAAAUUUCAAAACUUGAAGCAAAUAUUGGUGGUCUAUCUGCCUUGUUCUUUGACUUAAAACAACAUUUAGAUCAAAGGUUUGGUGAUGAUUUUCAACCUUUAAGUGAUGAAGGUGAAAAGAUUUAUGUUUCUAGUUCUGGUCUAGUUAAUCCAUCUUCUCAACCUGCAAGUGAAAGAGUUGUGAGACCUGCUUUGGAUACAAAUCUUGACACAUUUUUAUCUUCUGGUCAUGUUUCUGCUCAAGAAAGAAGAGAGAAGCAAAUUAGGGUUGAGCAACUGAGAGGGAAGAUGCUAGUGAUAAGGCAUUCUGACAAAAAUGCUCCAAGUGAUCAUCCAUAG